AUGGAGAGGCACCGCCUUGCGGGGAUGGAGCGUGACAGAGUAACGUGGACAUCGCCGCCAGUGGGAUGGUAUAAAGCAAAUUGGGAUGUCGCCAUUGAUAAGCUCACUAGACGGGUAGGGAUUAGCAUGAUAGUACUCAUUGCAGCAAGGUGUCUCACCCAGGGUGGACCUCUUACACCAAUAUUGGCUGAGGAAACACUAGCAUUAUAUCAUGCGGCUUGUCACUGUAAAGAUCUAGAUGGAAAGCCUAUCAUCUUGGAAGGGGAUGCUUUGCAAGUGGUAACUACAGUUAAUUCAUCAGAACAGAGUUGGAGCCAUUUUGGGCAUUUGGUGGCUUAUACAAAAAUUGUCUUGCAAAUGUUGCUGGAGUGGAGUUGCCGCCAUGUGAGACGAAAGGCCAAUGUUAUUGCGCAUAGGUUGGCUAAGGCAGCUGUUCAACAUGUCAUUGAUAAUACAUGGUGGGAGAAAUUUCUAAUUGUAUUUUUUAGGGAGCUACAAGCUCUUUUUUCGACUGAUUAA